AUGUUCCACCUCACCACCAUCACCACCGCCCUCGCCCUACUCGCGACGACCGCCUCCGCCAAUGCCAUCCCCCGCGGCUCCGUCGGCCGCGCCAUCGUAACAAACCAAUGCGACGCGCCCCUCUACCUCUGGUCCGUCGGCGGCACCAUCGGCCCCCGCAUCCUCAUCGAAAAAGACAAAUCCUACAGCGAAAUCUUCCACCGGGACCCUGCCUCGGGCGGCAUCGCACUCAAAAUCACGUCCGUCGACAACGGCAUCUUCAUGCCCAACGUCAGCCAGACCAUCUUCAGCUACAACCUCGACGGCGCCAAGAUCUGGUACGACCUAUCCGACGUGUUUGGCGAUGGGUUUUACGGCCGCACCAUCACGGUGAAGCCGUCGGAUCCGAAUUGUCAGAGCAUUGUCUGGCCGUACGGGAAGCCGCCGGCGGGGAGCCAGGUCAAGAAUUGUCAGGCGGGCACGGAUUUGGAGUUGAGUUUUUGUACGGGGAGGUGUUUGCCUUCGUGGAGUCCUUGUGGGAACGCCGCUCCCAAUGAUCCGAGGGUGUGCUGCACGCACUGCAUUGGGUCGCACCAUUGCGUGGCGCCGCCAGCGUAA